AUGAAGAGGGCUGUGAGAUGGUUCCGCUUCGGUGCGGCCAAUUAUGCUCUGUUUCUGGGCGGCGCAGACGUUGCUGUCAUGGGCGCUAUGCUGUCGAGCUUGCAAGAAGUCUAUAGCCUCACACAUGAGGGCGUGAGCCGGAUAUUUAUCGGUCAAGCGGCUGGUUUCAUCGUCGCAUCCAUUGCCUCGUCAUUCGUCCUCGAUCGCGUCGGUCUCGGCUGGACGCUUGCGAUUGGAGCAACGAUACAGACGACAGGGUAUAUUGUCCUGGCUCUCAGACCGGCCUUCUGGAUCUUCGUGGCUGGUGAAGCGCUCAUUGGGGCUGGCAUAUCCGUUCAGGAUGCUCAGACAACCGCAUGGGCUGCCGGCGCAUCAGGCAACCCAUCUCGAGCUAUAUCGACGCUGUAUGCAAGCUAUGGACUCGGUGCAGUCGUCGCGCCUUUUGCAGCGCAAGCUAUUGGUCUCCGCAAGAUCAACCACAUUUACUCGCUUUUCGCCCUGCUGAACGCAAUCAAUCUCUUCACAUUGGCUGGGGCAUUUGUAGCUAACAAUGGCUAUACAACUCACUCGCAAGACCAGCUGCGCGAAUUUGCUGGUAGAUGCCGACGAACGGACUCUUCUCGCGGCAAGUUGCGACUGCCACAAACUCCGCAGACGACAGCUUCUUGCUCUACUGAUCCCCCAGUCUACUGCGUCUCGCCUAGACCAUCAUCAGCCAGCGCUAUUCCGACAUCAAUGAAAGAAUACCGUGCUGCUCAAAGCAGAGCAUGCGGCGGAUGCGUAGAAUUUGACUCACACACCUGGCUUGAAACACCGCCAGCCAACAAGCUCGGCACCGUCUUGACAAACCCGUAUAUCUGGCGCGCUGCUGCUUUCCUCGGCAUCAGCGUCGGCGUCAAUGCUGCAAUUGGCUCUUGGAUUGUUCCAUUCUUGAGCGAAGUCAAACAUCUAGAUCAGGGCGAGCUGCCCAUCGCAAUCCUGUGGUCAGGUGUCACCAUGGGCAGACUGCUACUGCCGCCAAUCUCGGCCAGGAUGGGCGAAAGAUGCGCCGUCUUUGUGUACCUCGCUAGCCUUGGCGGAUGCCAAGUCAUUUUGUUGACGAGCAACAAAAAGCAGCUCAUCGACGCUGUUUUAUUUCUACAAGGCCUCCUACUUAGCCCUCUCUACCCGAUAGCGCUCAGUCUGAUUACCGGAAGCUUGCCGAAGGCCUUACACAGUGCAGCGGUUGGCUUCUUAGCAGCUUUCGCAAUGUCGAUGUCUGUUGCUUUCCCAUAUCUCGUCGGUCUUUCCACCACAACGCUCGGGCUGAUCGUGCUUCAACCGUUUGUGCUCAUCAUGUUGACAUCACUGGCGCUGCUCUGGGCUUUCGAAGCAAGGACGGUCCUGUGCAGUCGCCUGAGCAGCUGCGAAGAACAUAGUUCAACGAGUUGGCGCAGCGACAAGUCAGAGCGGACGCAAUAG